AUGAACACCUCCAGAGAUGCCGCUCGCUCGCUGAACUACUUCCAGCCAAGCCCCGUUCGAGGUCAACUGGAGAAUCUAGAGGGUCACUCUAGGAACGGAUGGCGAUACCUCCAAUGUACGGACACUCCCAAUGAACUGAGGGUUUUGCUCCCUCCCCGAACCGCGCUCAUCUAUAGCCACCUGCUAAAGGCAGAGCUCGCCGAGCUGGCAAAAGACAGAAAUGCCUCCUGGGACCGUAUCCUGGAAAUCCGCCAUCUCAAAGACCGCAUGAUCCGCAAAUGCCAACGAAUGGCACGCGCAUCCGCCCCAGCGGGCAAGCAACCCGCGCGCUCUACAUUUUUCACCGUCCACGCACCUCCCGACUUCAGGGUAAAGGAGAUGGAGCGGUGGUUCAGAACGCAAGGGGCCAAUUUUACUGACGAUACCAAGGGUGGUGCGCAGGCGGCCACGUCUUAUUGCUGCAGCAAGUGCGGUCCUCUGCCUAGUCAGAGCGGGUCCCAUGUCCACCGACGGGGUCCUUCUCCCCCGCGCCGACAGACCACCGCGCGCGCGCCCCUAGAUCGCGCUCCCAUACGGCGGGUGGACUCGGUGAGUCAGACGACGACGCUGCUCAACCCAUCUCCUCCCCCCCAACCCCAGAAGCAAAUACAGAGGCAAGCGCAUAAAUCGCACGUCCGCGCGCAAUCUGCGUCGGUUUCCAAGGGGACCACUCGCAUUCCCAGUGUAGUGCGUGAAGCAGACCGCCACCCGCCGACGCGUUCCAAGUCCGUCGACCGCAAGCGGUCCGCAUCGUCCGUGGUCAGCACGCAGUCGCAUGCCGGCCGCCUGAGUGCAAAGUCUCCAGAUCCGUUGCCCAUACCCUUCCGCACACACGACCCCGAACUGGACAUACCCUUCGUGUCAGACUCGCCCUCGACGCUCGCGGAGGAGCUGCCGGACGUUUCCGACGCGCCCCUUCCCAUGGCGGAGCCGUCUCCGUCCCCGCCCAAUGGUACGACCCUGCCCACCAUACACGAAGGAUCCGAAGUUGGCGCAGACGAUACUGCGCGCCGACCCCUCCCCCGGCGGCGCAGCAGCCUGAAAAAGUCGAACAGCAUCAGCAGGCUGAGCGUCGGCAGCGUCACCAAGUCCGUCGCGUGGGCCAUGGACAGGGACUGGAUAGAGCAGAUGUCCAAGUACAUGAAGGCGGCGAACGAGGCUGAGGUCCUGGGCCACGAGCUCGAGGAGCUGCGGACCGGAUACCACGCGGAGGUCAAAGCCAUGCGCCUCUUGUGCCAGAAUGUCUCCGAGGCGUCGGAGCGGAUCCGCCAGGAGAUGGACAAGCUCCAUCGCGACGAGGAGGACGUUCGCAAGCACGAGAACAAGCUGCUUUUCACCAUUGACCAGCUCGAAAAGAAGGAGACUCAGUUCCGCGAAAAGGUGCUGUCCGUACUCGAAGAAACUAAACAUGUUGUUAGCAUGUGUGAUAAGAAGCGCGAGGAUCAUGAUGCAUAG